GUCAUCUCAUUUAUGAUUCCAAUCCCUAAAAAAAAUAUGAUUGGAAUUAAAUUCUAAUUCCUGUUCAUUUUAUAGGAAUCAGCCAACCGAAUAUACCUAAAGAAAGCCCACAAUCAUUAUUGCGCCACCAUGUGUGCGGUCCAUGAGUCGGCCUGACGUGGCCCAAAUGUCAAACAAAUAAAGCAUGUUAUCUUAUCCAAAACGACAUCGUAAUCUACUGUUCUCGGGAAACACUAUCCGAUGAUCUGAUCAUCUCCUCCUUAAAUAUCAGCCCACAGUCUCACACCAUCAACACAAAGUUUUUUCCGCUUCUCAUUUUCAUAGAUUUCAUCGCCUUGCGAAAUUUAAAUCUCGUACUCAAAUCUCCAUCAAUGGCCAAAGAUCCAGUUCGUGUUCUUGUUACUGGUGCCGCAGGACAAAUCGGAUAUGCUCUUGUUCCCAUGAUUGCAAGAGGAAUCAUGUUGGGUGCAGAUCAACCCGUGAUCUUGCACAUGCUCGAUAUCCCACCAGCAGCAGAGGCUUUAAAUGGAGUUAAAAUGGAGUUGGUGGAUGCUGCAUUUCCCCUUCUUAAAGGAGUUGUUGCCACUACUGAUGCUGUUGAGGCAUGCACUGGUGUGAAUGUAGCAGUUAUGGUUGGUGGAUUUCCUAGGAAAGAAGGAAUGGAAAGAAAAGAUGUCAUGUCUAAGAAUGUCUCAAUCUACAAGUCACAAGCUUCUGCUCUUGAGAAGCAUGCUGCAGCAAACUGCAAGGUUUUGGUUGUGGCUAAUCCAGCAAACACCAAUGCAUUGAUCUUGAAGGAAUUUGCUCCAUCAAUCCCUGAGAAAAACAUUACUUGUUUAACAAGGCUAGACCAUAACAGGGCUCUUGGACAAAUCUCAGAGAAACUUGGUGUCCAAGUAUCUGAGGUCAAAAAUGUAAUUAUUUGGGGUAACCAUUCCUCCACUCAGUACCCUGAUGUCACUCAUGCCACUGUUGGUGACAAGUCUGUUCCAGAGCUCAUUAAGGAUGAUGAAUGGUUGAAAUCUGGAUUCAUUAGCACUGUGCAACAACGUGGGGCUGCAAUCAUCAAGGCUAGGAAGCUCUCAAGUGCACUCUCUGCUGCAAGUUCUGCUUGUGACCAUAUUCGUGAUUGGGUCUGUGGAACUCCUGAGGGAACUUGGGUUUCAAUGGGUGUGUACUCUGAUGGCUCAUACAAUGUUCCAGCUGGACUUAUUUACUCCUUCCCAGUUACUUGCCGUAACGGUGAAUGGACCAUAGUUCAAGGUCUUUCGAUCGAUGAGUUCUCAAGGAAGAAGCUAGACUUGACAGCUGAAGAGUUGACAGAGGAGAAGACUCUUGCAUACUCUUGUCUUUCAUAGAUAAUCACUUAAAUAUAUCUCUGGUCUAUAGUCAUGUGCUAUAAAUGCUCAUACUAUUUGUGAGAAUUUUCCAAACAGCUACAAUUCCAUCUUCCAAAAUAAACACCAUUUAAUGGUGAGCUGUUUGUGAUGUGGUAGAUCUUCCAGCUCUGUUGUAGCAGAGAGUAGUUUGAGUUUUUGAACACUUAUUGUGAUAGGCAGAGUUGCCGUUUUCAUCAUUGUCAAAUGAGAUUCUUGUGUUUGCAUCGUUUUCUAUGGGCGUUGUUUCUGUGCUAUAUGGAUAAAUAGUUUUUCCAAAAGAGAAAAUGCAACUCAUAAUCACGAUAUAACUAUAUUUCCUUACACACUAACAGUAUAUUUAUAAAUUUCUUUAUGCAAUAAAAAUGCAUUUACACUAUUUUAUUGAUUAGUGAACGAACGAAAUGCAACUUCGUUUACUAUUAUGAAUAAAUAAUAUAAAAUAGUUCUGUUAAAAAUAGAGUUAAUGUG